AUGCAAAGUAACAACGAUAACUCUGGUAGAUCAAGCGUGCAGCCAGCAUGUGCUGCAUGCAAGCAUCAAAGGAAAAAAUGCAUCGAGGGCUGCAAACUGGCGGUCUAUUUUCCGGCCGAUAAGAGCCGAGAAUUUCAGGCGGUUCACAAAGUAUUUGGCGUGAGCAACGUCAUAAAGAUUGUGUAUGGUGUCGACGAAGAAGAUAGAACAAAAGUUGUAGACUCACUCAUCUGGGAAGCCCUUUGGAGGCAGAAGAAUCCGGUUCUAGGUCCCUAUGGAGAGUAUAAAAGACUUUGUGAAGAACUUAAAUCGUACAAAAGCCAAGCCCUAAUGCAAAGCCGCCACCAAAGUCAUCAAUUAGUCGGGGGUUUACCAGGACAAGGGGGAAUGAUUUUCCAGCCACCUUUAAUCGGAUGGCAUGAAGCAAAUAAUGUACUGAGUAUGGAAGAAGCAAUGUAUAACAACAACGCAGGGAAUUACAUUUGUCGCGAUAAAGCGGAUUCGAUGGUGCAAUUUGUGCAAAAUCCUACAAAAAUAAAGCAGGAAAGAGAUGUUGGUGGUGUUGUUAAUAUUCCAGUGGAGCAACAGGAGCCACAACGACUGCAACAAUCUAUGAAUUUUGUUUCUCAACAUGAACACUCUAUCACUAGAGGCUUUAACCAGCAAUACUACAUUUCAGGUUCAUUUUGUUGA